AAUGUUUGACUUCGAUCACAGUGGCUCGGUUUUUGCUUCCCAUUAACCCAAAUUCUUGAACUGUAGAAAAGUGAUUCGUUAUUCGUUAUUAAGUUUGUGAGUUAGGUGAAAGUGACGCACAAAUUUACCAAAAAACAGUUAUUGAAGUUUUCUACGUACGUUUAGCUCUUUCCACGCACACGAAAUGGCUAUUUUAUCCGAUCUUCCAGUUGAGAUUCUGGAACAUAUUUUGUUCUUCUUGCCGCUGGAGGCUUGGAAGCAAGCGUCUUUGGUGUGCCGCCAGUGGUCAUCGCUAUGUUCCUCCCGGAAAUGUAUGGCAAAUGUCCUCUUGAGGCUAAGCCCCGAUGAGCAUGAGGGAACUGAUAUUUGUCGCUUAAUGUCCACUAGUAAUCGCAAGUAUCGACAUGUACUCUUAAAAGGUGACGAUGAUCCCGAAAUACUUCCUACAGUUUUGGAUCGGUUUAAGAAUAAUUUGGAAAGCCUAAGAAUGAAAAAUCAUUACCGGAGGGGAAUGCAAAUAAACCUUGAUUAUUUGAAGAGGCUUUUCGGUUGCCUUACAAAUCUCAGGGAAUUGCGCAUUCAAACGAUCAUUGAUUUUGACGAUGAUGAAUACGAAGCAGUUAAUGUUAAAAGAGUGAGGGUACAGUUACCGAAGAUGCCCCACUUACGUAUCUUGUACUUGGAGAACAAUUCGCUGGAGUCCGCAUCUUUCAACUGGCGUGAAAUUGCGCCAAAUCUUGAGCAUCUCCACAUGCCACACAAUGGAGCUAGCAGCGAUUUCCAACGUUUAGUGCGAUAUUAUGCACCGCGACUUUCUAGUUUUGGAAUCUUAUUCAUCGCAGAAGAAUAUGGCGAACUGGGAGAAAACGUGUCUUUUCCCCACGUGCGACAGCUAAGCCUAAACUGUCUGUCUGAUAUAGGAUAUGACCGAUUCGCACGUUUAUUGAGGUCAUUCAUAAACCUCUUCGAGCUCUCACUGCGCCAUACACUUGUGCCGGAGUUUUUGUCGUUGGUAGUGGAUUCAUACCCAUCGCUGGUUACGCUUCGACUGUAUGAUGACUUACCUCAAAAUGGAUUGAAGAUAAUUUCCAAACUUCCAAACUUGAAGCAUUUGUUUCUCUUUCGUGUGAAGCUGAAUCGGGCUAUGUUUGCAAAAGCUGAUUGUUUUAUGAGUUUGGAACAACUUACCUUGAAGUAUGCAGAUAUUGAUCAAUUGGAUGAAACUUUGCCUCUAAUUCGUGAGAGAAUGCCGAAAGUGACCAAUCUGGAGAUAACAGAAACAGAGCAAUAUCAAGCAGCAGCAGUCUGUAGAUAUUUGUGUGACCUGGAACGGUUGACUAUUGCCUGGAUAGAUCAUUCAAUGGAUCCAAAAUUGUUUGCAGAAUUGCAUCGUUUGGACAAAUUGUUUGAGCUACGUUUAUUUAGCCAUCCACAUCAAGUGCAAUUUUCAUGGACUUGGUUUUCUCGUUGCCUAGUAUUCGCAAGCUUGAAAUAUCAUUCGAACUGCUCGCGAAGUUCUGUUCAUAUAAUCAGGAAACCGAGAAAGAAGAGUGGGCAGCAUUUGCCGACAGCUUCCCAUCGCUUACCAGAUUUGAAAUUGCAAAGUGCAAACUUCCACCGUCCACGGUUGAGUUGGUUCGAAAGCGGCUUCCCAACUGUGAUAUAAGACACAUUUCGAAAAAAGGACCUUUCCAGGCCGAUAUCGUCGAUACGACAUUACUGUUCCGUAAUGAUCUUUGAUGGGACACAUUUGUGUGUCCUACUUCUUUUGUAGUUCCAUUGCCAUAUGGUCCUGUUUGUUUCAACGAAUAGGGUCCUAAAGCCCUAUCUCAAUAUUUGUACCGAACGCUUGAGCUUAUGUCAGAAAAACAAGU